AUGUUCUCUGCCAUGCUGAUGGACGCCUACCGCGACGAACGCCCCGGGAUCCGCAUCGCCUACAGGACGGACGGUCACCUCCUGAAUCAACGGCGGAUGCACUUCCAAUCGCGCGUAUCCACAACCACCGUUCACGAACUCCUCUUUGCCGACGACUGCGCCCUGAACACCACCUCGGAAGAGGAGAUGCAACGGAGCAUGCACCUAUUCUCCGCCGCCUGCGAGAACUUCGGUCUGAUCAUUAACACGCAGAAGACGGUGGUGAUUCACCAACCGCCAACCAACUCAGCCACAGCCCCCAACGCGCCGCCGCAAGUCAGCGUGAACGGAAGUCAACUGCAGGUGGUGGAGAACUUCCCGUACCUGGGCAGUACCCUCUCCCGAAACACCAAGAUCGAUGACGAAGUCGCCAACAGGAUCUCGAAAGCCAGUCAAGCCUUCGGUCGCCUCCAAAGCACAGUUUGGAAUCGCCACGGUCUUCAGCUGAGCACGAAGCUGAAGAUCUACAAGGCCGUCAUCCUGCCGACACUACUGUAUGGAGCGGAGACUUGGACGGUGUACACAAAGCAGGCACGUCGUCUGAACCACUUUCACCUAAGUUGUCUCCGUCGCAUCCUGAGGCUGAACUGGCAGGAUCGAAUCCCCGACACUGAAGUGCUGGAACGGACGGGAAUCAUCAGCAUCUACGCCAUACUGAGACAAAUGCAGCUGCGCUGGAGCGGCCACCUGGUGCGCAUGGACGACGAGCGACUACCCAAACGACUCUUCUACGGAGACGUCGCCACGGGUUCUCGCCGUCAAGGAGGCCAAAUUCGCCGUUACAAGGAUACCCUGAAGUCCUCCCUGAAAUGCCUGCAAAUCAACCCCACCAACUGGGAGGAGCUCGCACUCGAUCGACCGACCUGGAGGAGGACAGUGAAGACAGGCACUGCGAUCUACGAAGCCAACCUUAUAGCUGCCGCCAAAGCGAAACGUGAAGCCCGAAAAUCACAACUUCGCCCAGUAAGCAACGCCGCCGCACAACCGCUUCCAACGUGUCCUCGAUGUCAACGGACAUGCCGGGCUCGAAUCGGACUUGUUGGACAUCUUCGGAUUAACUGCGCCUCUCUAACGGCACCAACCAUCGUCCCCCCGCCUGCCUCUUCUUCCUCCUCUCCGCCGCCAACUAACCCUGACAAUUCUUCUGACCCACCACUUCCAUCAUCCUCCUCCUCCUCCUCGUCCUCCUCCUCCUCGCCCACUGCUCCAACGGCGGCCGCUCAGGCGACUGUCCCACGCACAGCAACCGACACUACCACCACCUUCCCCGACUCCAGUGAUGAGGAUCAGGACUACACCUGCCCUCACUGCGACCGCACCUUCACCUCACGCAUCGGCCUGGUCAGUCACUUGCGAAUCCAUCGCACAGAGACCGGCGAACCAGUGCCUGGAGCACUCACCUAUACCCACCAAGCUCGUCUCAACUGCCCACACUGCCCUCGCACUUUCAGGCAUCGCAUGGGCCUAUUCGGCCACAUUCGCAUCCACGACGACCUGCUGUAG